AGAGAGGGUUACCAGUGAGUGUUCGCGUAUAUAAGCUUGACACCGGUGGAUUCGCACAGUGGCUUCCCCGCCCCCUUCCGUUGCAGCCAUGAGAGUUCAGGUCUUAGUCCUGGCCGCCUCAACGGGUAUUGUCUUUAGCAGCCCAAUUCCUACCACUGGGCAUAGGAUCUCAGUGCCUCGUCGACCUAGUGCCUCAUCUCCACAAGCAGACCAGAUAUUCCUCCUGGCAGCUCUUGCAGGCGCCGCUAUCGCCAGUCCCGAUUACCUCCGAGAGAACGACAUCUUCAGCCACAAACUCUCAGAUCGCCAGAAAUCCUCCAGACGUGAUUCUGUACAUCCGAUAUCUUCAGUUGGAAAAAUCCCUUAUUUAACUAGUCCUGGUUACAGUCUCUUCGCUCGAGCACCGGUUCCUUCACACUCGCCAAACCCUCUCACACCUUUCAGAGCUCCCGGUGUGACCUCACGCCCCGGCAGAAAAUUAAAACAUCAUUCCCCAAGCCUGAGACAAUUUGCACUACCAAGCAACGUUUCUAAAAGCCUCUUCGCUACCCACAAGACGAGCAAUUACCCGCGCCUCGCCCACGCUAAUCGUCACCCCCCUGCUCUGGCACACAGAACCCUCCCUCCCCCCUCGCCGCCCGCGAAUCGUGCACUGGUGGCGGGCUCCCCCCUCCCCCGGAGCGCCGUUUCGGAACAAGGAAAACAGGCUGAUAGCCAAUACAACAUCCAGUACACCGUGAGAGAUGAAUUAUCCGGGAACAACUUCGGCCAUCAGGAAGAUCGUGAUGGCUACAGGACCCAGGGAUUAUACUACGUCCACCUUCCCGACAAUCGAGUUCAAAAAGUAACUUAUUACGUCGAUGGAAAAUCCGGCUUCGUGGCCCAUGUUACUUACGAACGGAAAACGCAUUAUUCUACAUAGGCUGACAUGAAUAGUUAUCAAAUUCGCCAUAGUGUUAAUUGGGUUUCCAUGCCUUUUUAAAGGAUCUGUUCUAUUGCAUCUGUCACAAUCUAGUCCAUUGCUAUGUUGCAACCCCCCCCCCCCCCCCGCCCCAAUCAUCUUUACUUCAGCGUUUAUUUUCGCUAUCAUCGCACUUUCACUCAUCUGCUCCAUCAUCAUCCUAUCAGCUUACUCCACAGUCUCCAUUCGCCAUUGCCAUUUCCUUUUACGUGACGUCGAGAUCAUUUCAGUCCCGUUAUUCAUCGUUCCGAAAAUCUCGACCAGUUAUUACUUUCUUCGUACCAAAGAAAAUAAUGCAUAUUCGUAAUCGAUGGUGACAUUUAAACACACACACACAGGGGCACUGAUAUAAUGCUUAUACGUACAUAGAUACAUACAUACAUAUAUAUAUAUUUACAUAUAUAAUGUGUGUGUAUGUGUGUGUGUGUGUGUAUGUCUAUGACUGAAAUGUAGCAUCUCUUUGGUGUAAUUAUCAAAAUUUUGGAAAAAACACAGUCCGACUACAACGGAAGAAAGCAUAUGUGUGUAUAUGUGUGUGUGUGUUUAUGCUCCACUUACAGGCUACUUCUAAAUCAAAGACUAACUACAUGUCUCAGUGUCCACACAUAAAACUAGAAAACAAUCUUAUAAAAUUUACCAGGGAACAAAAACAACAUAUUAUUUUUAAGCAUUGAGUUGUCAACGACAACCGCAAGGAUUCUAGGCACAGAUUUGCAUUGUACUAUUCGCCUGUUAUCACUUUAGACAUUUCUCUAUAUAGAAUGUAUAUAGAAUGUUAUUUUGUUUAAAUAAAAUUCCACAUUUUGCUGUUA